UCAAAAUAAUACCAAAGAGCACCAACAAUAACAUGGAGAAAGUAGUGAGAAACUCUGGGCAUGAUCUUGAAAUACAUUCCACUGAGCUAGUUAAAGCUCAAGCCCACAUUUGGAACUAUAUCUUCAACUUCAUAAACUCCAUGUCCCUCAAAUGUGCCGUUCAAUUAGGUAUACCAGAUGCCAUCCAUAGUCAUGGCAAACCCAUGACUCUUUCCCAACUCAUAUCCGCCUUGCCAAUCCACCAAAACAAAAAGUCUGAUUCUCGUUUGAUCUACCGCCUCAUGCGCAUCUUGGUCAACUCCGGCUUUUUUGUUCUCCAAGAAGUUGUCGUUGGGGAAACCGACCUAUUAGAAGAAGGUUAUGUCCUCACAACUGCUUCCAAAUUACUUCUUAGGGACAAUCCCUUGAGUGUCACACCCUUAUUGUUGUCUAUGCUUGACCCUAUUAUGACUAAGCCUUGGCAUUCUCUUAGCACUUGGCUCCAAAGUGAUGACCCUACUCCAUUUGCCGCAACACAUGGGAUGGGAAUUUGGGACUACAAUGAGUAUGAUCCCAGGCUGGGAAAUUUGUUCAAUGAGGCCAUGGCUAGUGACGCGCGAUUGGUCACGAGCGUGCUAAUCGAUAAGUGCAAAUCCGUGUUGGAGGGAUUGGAAUCCUUGGUUGAUCUUGCAGGAGGAACUGGGACGGUGGCCAAGGCCAUUGCAUAUGCAUUUCCUCAUUUAGCAUGCACUGUGUUUGAUCUGCCCCAUGUUAUUGCUGAUUUGCAGGGAAGUAAGAACUUGAAAUUUGUUGGUGGGGACAUGUUUGAUGAAAUUCCUCCAGCAGAUGCAAUUUUCAUGAAGUGGAUAUUGCAUGACUGGAGUGAUGAAGACUGUGUAAAAUUACUGGAGCGAUGCAAAGUGGCAAUUACAUGCAAAGGCAACAAAAAUGGGAAAGUGAUUUUAGUAGACAUGGUCAUUGUGGAGGAGCAAAACAACAAGGACAUUGGUCAUGAUCAUCAUGCUCAUGAUCAUGAUCAUCAGUCGUACGAAACUCAACUCUUCUUUGAUAUGUUGAUGAUGGUGUUAUACCCUGGCCGAGAGAGGAAAGAGACAGAGUGGGCUAAGCUCUUUUCUGAUGCAGGGUUUAACACUUAUAAGAUAACUCCUAUUUUGGGUGUUAGAUCCCUCAUUGAAGUUUUUCCGUAAAAUAAUAAUAUAUAUAAAUAAAUAAAAAAUACUUUUCCAGGUGACUCAACAUGAGGCCAAUAGAUGAGACCUACUUUUUAUAAUUAGUUGUGUUGGUUAGCACUAGUAGGGCUCUGAGCGUUGCGAAAUAUUAAAGCUUUAUUAUACAGUUUGAGUCGUAACUAAUUACCACUAGUAAUGUUAUUUUCAAUAUGAAUAAGUGAUAAACUGGCUUUUCCCCCGGGGCCCUUGAAGCUUUAUUAGUAAUGUUGUGAUGAUCUAUCCAUAUAUGUGUGCAAUAUGUAUUUUAUAAAAACAAAGGAUUGUUAGUGUAUUCUAUCAAGUAUAAAUUUAACUUGAUAGAGCAAAAU